CCCAUGACUUAGUGGAGGUGCGAGGAUCACGUGACCCCAUUCCCCCAAAACAUUCUGCAUCAUCGUGAGCGUAUAAAACCACACGCACUAACUUUGCACAUCAGACUAGCACGCUACACAAUUCCCAAAUCACAGUAACACACAAAGCACCAUGUUCAAGAUUUCUGCUCUGUGCGUGCUGGUGUUGGUGCAGGUUUCUGUGGGACUCUAUUACGAGAACAGGCCGUUAGUGUGUCCCUUGAAGCAGGAGGUGCAGUAUGAAGACAAAGUGAUACAAGCCACGUACUUGGAGGUCCUUGAGCAACCCUUGGUCGCUACGCACGUUCAUCUCAAGACCGUUUACCAGACAACCACACUGCCCGUCACUGUCACCCACAUCCACACCGUCACUGGUCCCCCGCCAAAUGCCACCGUCACAGAGGUCCAGCUGGUCGAGACUCAGGUGCCACAGACGGUGACGCAGAUCGAGACCGUCACCAACAGACUCACCGAGACCGUCCUCGACGUGGCCACACGAACGGCAACCAACUACCACACCCUCGUGGAAACCGUGGCCGUGCUCGAGACCCAGUUUGACACCGUGACGGAGGUCCAGACGCGCCUGGCCGAUAUCACGCUUACCCUGCAGGAGACCGAGUUUUCGACGCUCACCUGGACAGUCAGUCAGCUGGAGACCCAGCAGGUGGUGGAGAGCAUCGAGGAGACGAGCGUGACGACGAGCACGGAAUAUGUUCCUCGAUACAGAACCAACGUUCACACGCUCACGAAGAUGGUGACGCAGACUGUGUGUCCGCCAAGUGCACAACACUCGCUGAAAUGGUGAAAUGUUCCUAUUCUGUUGCCGACCAAACUUUUUUCUUGACAAUAAAUUGAGUUUAGAAUAAA